CCCCACAAAUUAUUGCUUUGAGUCUCACCGUCAGCUUCCCUCGCACAAUCAGAAGCUUCUUCAUGAUUUGGUGAGAUCUAACAAAUUCCCCUAUUCCUUUCAUCAGUAAUCGAGAACUUCGUUUUUCAUAUGACUGGGCUUAUAGCCAGAGAAUAUAUUUAUGUCACUGUCUCAAUUUUCCUGGUCCCCAACUUUUGGAUAGAUACCAAAUUGGGCAUAUUUUGUCUUAGGACAGUGACAUUAUGCCUGUUCUAUUGUGAAUGUUAUUGAAAGCUUGGGUGAUGCAAAUGCGGUUCAAGAAGGGUUUAAGGUUCAUGCCAUUUUGGUUAAGAAUAGUUGUUUUGAUGCUAGUUUAUAUAUUAAGGUCUGUUUGGUUAGAAUGUAUUUUAGGUGUGGGAAAAUUGAGCUUGCGCGGAGAAAUGUAUUUGAUGAAUGUUCUGAGAGAGAUGUUGCUUUGUGGGGUGCCAUGGUUACUGGUUUUGCACACCAUGGGAUUUGGAUUGAAGCAUUGCAGUAGGUGAGGUUGAUGGUAGAUGAAGGAAUAAUGCCGAAUUCGGCUUUGAUGAUGGGUGUUCUUCCCUUAGAUGGGGAGCUUGGCACAUUGCGGAUAGGUUAAGAGGCUCAUACUUUGAUGAUGGGUGUUCUUCCCUUAGUUGGGGAGCUUGGGUGCCAUGAUUUAUAAGAAUGCUUUGGCCUGGAUUGAGUUUGCUGGUACCCUACAACUUUCCCUGAGCAAAUUUGAAUCAUAAGCACACACUUCUCUGUGGUGUUUGUAAUGUAUACUAUACUCUAUAUAGAGUUUCAACACUAGCAUUAGUUGUAGAAUGGGAUAGUUCAUGUUUUCUACAAAUUCAAGUCCUAGUUUGGAAGCCUGAAAGUCCUACAUGACAUUUGAGUUCUUUGCUAUGGAUUGAAAACUCUUAAUACGUUUUGAAUUAUUAGAGAUAUAUUCAGUAUUGGAAUCUUUUAUUUGUAACUUGUAAGGUUAAUUUUUCUUCGUUUCUAUCAUGGAUUGGUUCCAAAUGUUAGUUAUUACAUUUCAGGUUGUCGGAGACCAAAGAGGAGCAGUGUUUGGAAGCUUAGUCGAAGCGCCUCUUAGACCAUCCAACAAGAAAUACCAGGGAACAAAUAGUACAUUUGUUUUCACAAAUAUUUCUGGCCAUCCUGUUAUAUAUCGUCCAACAGGGUUAACCCGCUAUUUCACACUAUGCAACAGUGAGUUCUUAGCAAUUGGAGGGGGAAGCCAUUUUGCGGUUUAUUUGGAUGGUGAUUUAUUGAAUGGCUCAAGGUCGGUCUCGGAAACCUACGAAAAUCCUUGUCUUGCGAAUUCUCAAGAUUUUGAAGUGAAGGAAGUAGAGUUAUGGGGCUUUGUGUAUGCUUCCAAAUAUGAUGAAGUACUUGCAUUUAACAUAACAGAGGCACCUGGCAUCUGUCGAUGGUAAAUUUUGUGGAAUAUUUACCCGAUGUGAAUAAAUCAAAGAGGUUUGGAUUUUGGAGCUGCAUUUCAUGGUGGAAUAAUAUUCACUUUUCCUCUUGAGCAAUGUGAAGUUUGUGUACAAAGAUAAAAUGUUGAAGCCUUAUGUAUCCAAUUAUGUAUAACUAACCAUGUCAAAAG